AUGGCGGCCUGCUGCGAUGGUGAUGAUGAUGAUGAACAAAUUAACAAGACUGACAAGAAACCACUGCUCAGCUGUGAUAUUUGCGGUAAUAUGUAUAAACAACGCAAAUCGUUACGGAAACAUCUCUACACUCACUCUACGGAGAAAAUGUUAAAUCCGGAUAAAAGCAAAGCAUUGAAGCAGUGUGAAAUUUGUGGAAAGUCAGUUUCCAGUAACGGCUAUUCGAGGCACAAAAAAUCCCACAACGAGGAACGCUCAUUUGAGUGUGAGAUAUGCAGCAAAACCUUUGUCAGAAUCGGCAAUUUGCAGAUGCACAAGAUGAUUCAUCUGAGGGAAAAACGAUUCAAUUGUGACACAUGUGACAAAGUGUUUUUAAAAUUGGCUCAUUUGGCCCGACAUACAAAAACGCACAAUCCGAGCAAACCAUUCAUGUGUGACAUAUGUGAUAAAGGUUAUUCCAGAAAGGAACAUAUGGCCCGCCAUUUUAAAACGCACACUGGGGAAAAACAAUUCGAAUGCGAAAUAUGUCAACAAAAAUUUUUCAGAAAGGAACAUUUAGUCCGACAUGCAAAAUUGCACGAUCCGACACGCCACCAAAGUGAUGAGCGACCAUUUUCGUGCGACAUCUGUGGUGUAUCGUAUAACUUAGCUGCUACUCUAACUUAUCACAAGAAGAUGCACACGAAUAUCGAGGAAAAACCCUUUAAGUGUAAUAUAUGCCAUGCAAAAUAUACCACCGAGGACGAUUUAAAGUCUCACAUGAAGGUACACUCCGAUCAGCGAUGUUCCAAGUGUGGAACGCAAUUUACCUCCCGUAAAGAUCUUGAAGAGCACCUGUGCAAGGAGCGACCAUUCAAAUGUACGACGUGUGAAAAGGUGUUCACAUCGGCCAAAAAUCUUCGAAGUCACCGGUACAAUGUACACAGAGAAAACGUACCGUAUCACUGCUGUUCGAUCUGUGAUCGAACCUUCCGGUGGCCAGGUGCUCUUGCUAAACAUAUAAAACAGCACGUCGGUGAACCGGCCGUUAAAGGGAGAAUUGUGCGGCGCUCCGGAAGGGGCCAGAAGGUGCACCAGCAACAACAGCAGAAAUGA